AUGUUGAACAAAGUGUCCCUGCCAAAAUAUUCUGCUCUUAUCAAGUCAUUCUUUGUACAAAAUUCCCUUCAUCAUCAAACAAUUCCCUACUUGUUCCGAUCAGGACAAAAUAAGCGAUGCUAUAGCUCGAAUUUUUCUUCAUCGGAGGGAAAUGAACGCAAUGAAUCAAACGUGAGCAACAAUGUUGGAAAUGAUCAUAAUACGGAAUCCAAUGUGGAUGAUGUAGGAAAAGAGUUCAACGUUAUUUCCAUUGAUACAUCUGCUCUUAUAACUGAAACGUAUGAUAAAGCUGUCGUGAAAGACAACGAAACUCCUAUGGUCAAACAUUUAAAAAACAAAAUUAAAGGAGCAGGACCCAUUUCAGUCUCUUCGUUCAUGCAAGAAAGUUUAUUGAACCCAAUUUAUGGUUAUUACUAUACUGCCAAACAACCAAUUUCAAGCAUGAGUGGAGCAACACCAGGUCAAAAAGUCAUUGGUCGUGAAGGAGACUUUGUUACAUCUCCUGAAAUUACUUCUGUUUUCAGCGAAAUGAUUGGAUUAUGGUGUGUAAGCAUGUGGGAAAAAUUAGGAAAACCAAAAGCAUUGGAAAUUAUUGAACUUGGACCUGGAAAAGGAACUUUAAUGCAUGAUUUAUUGGAUAGCGUGAAACGUAGUAAUUCGUAUUUGUUAAAAUCGUUUACUCAAUCUGUGAAACAGGUGACCCUCAUUGAAGCAAGUGAUGCUCUUAAAGAAGUUCAGAAAGAAAAAUUAAAACCCUUCAUGGACACAAUCGAAUUUCGGUGGGAAAAUAGAUUCGAGAAAUAUACAAAUAUUACUGGUGAUAUUCCAGUGCUAAUAAUUGCACACGAGUUUUUUGAUGCAUUACCCGUUUAUCACUUUGAGUAUACUGAACGAGGUUGGUUAGAAGUACUAGUAGAUAUUGACGACUCCAAAGAAAGUCCAAAUCAUUUCAAAUUUGUCUUGUCACCAGGACCCACUAUGGCCACAACCUUUGUGAGUCUUGUUGAAGGUAAGAAAGAAAUUGGAACGAUUAGAGAGGUCUGUGCAAUGGGAGUUGGCUAUGCAGAAAGAAUGGGAGAACUUUUACAUAACAGAAAAGGAGCUUCCCUCAUUAUUGACUAUGGUAAUGACUAUCCAAUGGGUUUCACAUUGCAAGGAAUUUAUCAACAUGGAUUUACACAGUCUCCUCUUGACAAACCAGGAGAAGCAGAUUUGUCUACCUUUGUGGACUUUUCAUCGUUGAAGAAGGCUGUCGAGAAGUUCAAAACUGUUCGAGUGUAUGGACCACAAUAUCAAUCUGAUUUUUUACAUCAACUUGGUAUGGACACUAGAUUUGCCAAAUUACUGCAGAAUCCAAAACUUUCAGAUGAACAAGCUGAGGCCAUGAUACAAUCUUAUGAGAGAUUGACUCACUCUACACAAAUGGGACAUCACUACAAAGCCAUGUGUAUGAUGAACAUGCCUUCAAAACAACCACCCAGUGGCUUUGAAAUGAAUAUUGUCCCAUCCAAAGAGGAAACUCCAAAUAUUUUAUCAAAACGUGUAUCAAUGCCAACAAUUAAUCCAGCGACCUCUCCACUUAACUCAGAAUCAAUCAUUAGGAAAGAAGGAGAAACAUCACCUAUUAAGAAGAAAGCACCUGUCAAAACCGAUACUAGUCCUUUCAUAUAA